GUGAAAAUUCUCGUGACAAUUUCCCCCAACCCAACCAACAAUCCCUUUUGGUCUUGCUUUUCUAACUAAAUUGAAAAUCACUUUUAAAAAGUUUAAAUCACAAAAAAAAAAAAGAAGCAAAACCAACGGUCACGAUCGUUUUCUUACAACCUCCCUCGUCCUCUUCGUUCUUUGUUUUAAAAUGUCUGUCCCUCCUAUUCAUUUACCUCUUUCACGGGGGCAUUUAUUUUUUCUUUCGACGCUGCAUCAACUUCAUUUGCACCACCAAACACUGAAUCUUUUCUCUAACGCGUCUCCUUCUCUCCCACUAAUUUCUCCGCCUUCAGUUUUUUCUUUUAUUUUUUAUUUUUUAAAAAUGGCGAGACCUUUUUAUAAUAUGAGAAAUAUUCAAAUUCCUUGAAGUAUUCAAAAAAAGCUUUUGUUUUUUUCGUGAAGAGAACAGUUAAUAAAUACUUUCACAAAAUCCGCGUUUCUUGGAGACUUAUUUUUGAAUUUCCACUUAAAUUUAACGUGUUUAGAAAAAAAUUUGCUUCUUGAUUCUUCUUUGCUCAAGAUAGUAGAAAAAAUGAUUUCGAUUUAGUUUGAAAUCGAUGUGGUUAAAAAAUGCCGACGAUUACAGUUCCGGCUAAGAAGAAACCUACGACAUUAACGGUUGCUGUAAAAUGUAGACCAUUAACUGAGAGAGAGCGCGGUCGCGACAUUGUUCGAGUAAAAAACAAUAAGGAGGUGGUAGUGUUAGAUCCUGACUUAUCAAAGGACUAUUUGGAUCGCAUUCAGAAUCGAACCAAAGAGAAAAAGUAUUGUUUCGAUCACGCCUUUGGUUCUCACUGUACAAAUUUGGAUACCUACCAAAAAUGUAUAUCUACUAUAAUCUCUGGAGUUGUACAAGGUCUUAAUGCAACUGUGUUUGCGUAUGGUUCAACAGGAAGUGGUAAAACAUAUACUAUGGUUGGGACACAACAUGAUCCUGGACUCAUGGUUCUCAGUUUGCACACAAUUUUUGAUCUUAUUAAAAAGGACAAGAGCUCCGACGAAUUUGAAGUUACUUGUUCCUACCUUGAAGUCUACAAUGAAGUUAUCUAUGAUUUGCUUGAAAAAUCAUCGGGCUCUUUGGAACUUAGAGAGGAUCCUGAGCAAGGAAUAAUUGUUGCUGGGCUAAGAUGUAUUAAGGUUCAUUCGGCUGACAAGAUUCUUGAACUUCUAAAUUUGGGGAAUAGUCGAAGGAAAACAGAAAGCACUGAGGCUAAUGCGACGUCAUCAAGAUCACAUGCAGUUCUGGAGAUUACUGUGAGAAGGAAACAGAGAAACAAAUAUAAAAAUCAAAUCAUGCAAGGAAAACUUGCACUUGUGGAUCUUGCUGGCAGUGAACGAGCUUCUGAAACAAACAGUGGGGGCCAAAAGCUGAGAGAUGGAGCUAACAUUAAUCGUUCACUUCUUGCUUUGGCGAACUGCAUCAAUGCUCUGGGGAAACAACAAAAGAAGGGUCUUGCCUAUGUUCCAUAUCGCAAUAGUAAAUUAACUAGGAUACUUAAAGAUGGUCUGAGUGGUAAUUCUCAGACAGUGAUGGUUGCUACAAUAUCUCCAGCAGAUGGUCAGUAUCAUCACAUUGUGAAUACCCUGAAAUAUGCAGACAGGGCAAAGGAAAUAAAGACGCACAUCCAGAAAAAUAUAGGCACAAUUGAUACACAUGUCUCAGAUUACCAGCGAAUGAUUGACAGUCUUCAGAAUGAAGUUUUCCGAUUGAAGAAAGAACUAGCAGAAAAGGAAUCACAGUUGAGUGUCAAACCAACUGAAAAGGCUGCUGAUGAUGAACUGUCUUGGUUAAACGUUUUGAGCCAAGAAAUCAGUGAAAACGUUCAGGAACGGAUAAACUUACAGAAGGCACUAUAUGAGCUUGAGGAAACCAAUCUUCAAAACCGCACUGAACUCCAACAUCUUGAUGAUGCCAUUGCAAAACAACCGGCUUCUGAAAAGGAUGGUACGGUUGUUGAAGUUCUGAGGGUAAGGAGGCAAGAUAUUCUUGAUAACAUCCGUGACAAUGAUGAGGCUGGUGUUAAUUACCAGAAGGAAAUUGAAGCAAAUGAAAAGCAUCGCUGCCAACUCCAAGGUAUGAUUGAGGAAGCCAUUAGUAACAAUGGCAAUAAAACCUACCUGCGUAUACUCAGUCAAUACAGACUCCUGGGGAUGGCUAAUUCUGAGCUUCAGUUUGAAAUGGCAAUGAGAGAUCAAGUAAUUCAUAACCAAAGAGAGGCACAAAGGAAUCUUUGGAACUUGCUCAUGGGGUUGGGACUUGAUGAGAAACAGAUAUUGGACCUUGCUGCCAAACAGGGAAUAACAAUUGAAGAUUGGACAAUGACACGCUAUCUGGGGCUUUCAAACGGGGAGCAAUCACCCAAUUUGGCAUCUGGAGGAUAUGCUCCUCUCAGUUAUGGUCUUUCUAUCAAUCAAUGGCAUUCAAGAUCAUCUUGCAUCUACCAGAACUAUCAACAUGUUGCUUCAAAUUCAUUUUCUAGAAGGCCCUGGGAUCUGUCUCCUACUUUUUGCAGGGAGGAGCACCAUAGUUCCUACUACUUACUUGCUCAUGAUAACUCUCCACCAUGUGUCAGGUUUAGGAGGAGUAGUGAUAACUGGGUUGGUGGUCAUCCAGUUUCAUGGUUUGGCACUCCUGAUAAUCUUCCUCAAGAUUUGCGGAAGUCAUAUCCAGAGAUGAUUAUUCCUCCUCCAUCAUGCAGUGAAAGCUAUCUACCUCCUCCAGCUCUCUGUGCAGAUUUUGUACAAGGGCAAAAGGAUAUUAUGAGGCAAAAUCUAACUAGCAAGGGUCCUCAUGACGUGAUGAUUAGCAGCCAAGACAAGUUAAAAGGAGCAAUAGCUGGUUAUGGUAUGAUAGCCGAUGGUUGUUUGGGAUUUAUCCCAUCCGAACAAGGCUUUAGUACACGCAGCUCAAAUCAUACCGUCCAAAACCCCAACCCCUCCAACCAUCCAACCCUUUCCCAUAUUCCACCAUUUACUUACCAAAGCCCUAAAUCUUGAAGGCUAUCCCUUCAUUUUUGUAUAGCCCUCUAGUAUUUUGUACCCUCGUCUGUCUUUCCAUUUUUUCAUUCUUUUCUCUUCAAUGUGCAUCAUGGUCAGUGAGAAUUCGCUCUAAAAGGAAUUGGUAGCUGAAUUCUUUGUUUCCCUUGUGGAGAGAAGACCGAUUCGACGCGUAUUUUGAGUAACGAGUUGGAUACACGGUUACAAGCGAAGCUGUGGAAUGUAGUUCUUUCUCUAUCAGUAUGUUUCCUAGCAAAAACAUGACUAAAUAUCAAGUUGUCCAGUUAAAUCAAAUGCAUUUAUAAGCUAUAAUAUGACCGGCAAACUUACUAUUAAAAUGAUUCUUUCAGAUCUAAUAAUUUAUGUAUUUAUAUAAU